CUUUUUCUUGUCGCCUGUCAGUUGAUUUUAAUUAAAUAAAUUAAUCAUCCCCAGAUCUACUGACAUUGCUUGAUUGAUGGCGAAGGAAUUCAACGUCCCGCCGGUGGUAUUCCCGUCAGGCGGGAACCCGGGCCCACAACAAAGGCGACUUCCGACGGCCCCAUUUCAGCCACCCAAAGCGUCGACGCCCAGCAUCCCAUUCAUGUCCUUCGACAUCGGCUCCGCCGCCGCGGCCGCUUCAACCUCGUUUUCCACUCCCCAGUUCGCUCCCACCACUAUCGGCGGCGGCGCCACUGGUUUCGAGGAUGAACCGCCACUUCUGGAGGAGCUGGGGAUCAACACCAAGCAAAUCUACCAGAAGACCCUCUCAAUCCUGAACCCGAUCCGCGUCAAAGCGUAUCUUCACGAGGACGCCGAUCUGUCGGGGCCAUUCCUGUUCCUGAUGGCCUUCGGUCUCUUCCAACUGCUUGCAGGGAAGCUCCAUUUCGGGAUCUUACUGGGCUGGGUGAUCAUGGCUUCUUCAUUUCUGUACGUGGUGUUCAACAUGCUGGCAGGGCGGAACGGGGAUUUGGAUCUGUACAGGUGCGUGAGCUUGAUCGGGUAUUGUAUGUUGCCCAUAGUGAUCUUAUCAGCCGUCUCUCUGUUCUUGCCGGGAGGGAUGGUGAUCAAUGUUGUAGCUGGGGUGUUUGUGUUAUGGUCUACAAGAGUUUGCACUAAGCUUCUGGUUGAGCUGGCUUCUUGUGGGGAUGAACACAGAGGCCUCAUUGCUUAUGCUUGCUUCUUGAUUUACACUUUUUUCUCUUUGCUAGUCAUCUUUUGAUCCCAAACCUCAGUUUUGAUUCUUGCAAACCUUGUUUCUUUGUUACGCUCAAAGAUUAGUUAGUUUAUAAGGAGUAUGUAUUUGUUAUUCUUUGAAUGCCCUAGUGGAAUCCAAUUUUUUGACAUUUUGGAUAUUAGUUUAGUGGUGAACUGUGCAGUUUGAAUAUCAUAAGUUUACACUUGACAGUAAUAAAGAUAAAAUGCUAACAUUAU